AUGUGUGGUGACCAGUGUGGUGACAUGUGUGGUGACCAGUAUGGUGACAUGUGUGGUGACCAGUGUGGUGACCAGUGUGGUGACCAGUGUGGUGACCAGUGUGGUGACCUGUGUGGUGACAUGUGUGGUGACCAGUGUGGUGACCAGUGUGGUGACCAGUGUGGUGACCUGUGUGAUGACAUGUGUGGUGACCAGUGUGGUGACCAGUGUGGUGACCAGUGUGGUGACCUGUGUGAUGACAUGUGUGGUGACCAGUGUGGUGACAUGUGUGGUGACCUGUGUGAUGACAUGUGUUGUGACCAGUGUGGUGACCUGUGUGAUGACAUGUGUGGUGACCUGUGUGGUGACAUGUGUGGUGACCAGUGUGGUGACCAGUGUGGUGACCAGUGUGGUGACCUGUGUGAUGACCUGUGUGGUGACCUGUGUGGUGACCUGUGUGGUGACCAGUGUGGUGACCAGUGUGAUGACCAGUGUGAUGACCAGUGUGAUGACCAGUGUGGUGACCAGUGUGGUGACCAGUGUGGUGACAUGUGUGGUGACCAGUGUGGUGACCUGUGUGAUGACCUGUGUGGUGACCAGUGUGGUGACCAGUGUGAUGCCCAGUGUGAUGCCCAGUGUGGUGACCUGUGUGAUGACAUCUGUGGUGACCAGUGUGGUGACCAGUGUGAUGCCCAGUGUGAUGCCCAGUGUGGUGACCUGUGUGAUGACAUCUGUGGUGACCAGUGUGGUGACCAGUGUGAUGCCCAGUGUGAUGCCCAGUGUGGUGACCAGUGUGGUGACCUGUGUGGUGACAUGUGUGGUGACCAGUGUGGUGACCAGUGUGAUGCCCAGUGUGAUGCCCAGUGUGGUGACCAGUGUGGUGACCUGUGUGGUGACCUGUGUGAUGACAUGUGUUGUGACCUGUGUGGUGACCAGUGUGGUGACCAGUGUGGUGACCUGUGUGGUGACAUGUGUGGUGACAUGUGUGGUGAUCUGUGUGGUGACCUGUGUGGUGACCUGUGUGAUGACAUGUGUGGUGACAUGUGUGGUGACCUGUGUGGUGAUCAGUGUGGUGACAUGUGUGGUGACCAGUGUGGUGACCAGUGUGGUGACCUGUGUGGUAACAUGUGUGGUGACCUGUGUGGUGACCAGUGUGGUGACCAGUGUGGUGACCUGUGUGGUAACAUGUGUGGUGACCUGUGUGGUGAUCAGUUUGGUGACAUGUGUGGUGACCAGUGUGGUGACUAG